AUGGGAGACAUCCACUAUUAAAAAGAAUAUUUGCCUGGCUACACAGGCCAUGUGCCCAAGAAGAAUGACAUCUAUGGAUGUACUGCUGGCGACAUAAAUAGAAUAAUAACAGGCCAAGGCUACAAGCCAUCCAACUAUGAUGUUGAUUUAUCAAAGGGAAAUGAUGCAGCUUUUGCAUAGAGGACAUUCUACUCGAAACCUCCACUUAAAGAUGACUCAACUCACGGUCUUUAAUAUGGCAACGUAUCCAAGCAUGGAGACAACUGGAUAGGGGGACCAUCUAACAAUGUCAAGGCUCAACAUAUUCCAGGGUAUAAGGGCUACGUGCCAAAUAUCAAGGCUGAGAAUCUCUAUGGAAAAUCAUUCGCUCAGUCAACAGCAUAAGCAAUCAAUAAAGAAUAUAUUCAAGGCAUCUCACUUCCAGCCAAUGAAAGAUUCUUAACUACCAACAACGAUUAGUUUAACAAGACUAAUUUCAGGAGAAUAAAGGAUCAGCCAGAGCCAGCAGAUAUCAAAGACCAUACCCACGCCUUGAACUUCAAAGAUGCAGAGUAAAUUGCAACUUUUAUUAAUACUUCAUAUAGAUUUUCAGGUUUAGAGAUUCAGAGAAGAAAUGUCUAUCUUGAAAUGCCAACAGUUGGCUACUAGGGUUAUAAAUCAGUUUACAGACCUCAGACAGUUUCGAUUGCACACAGGAAAGAUCCAUUUUUCAACAUUAACCCUUUGAAAGCCAGGAUAAAGGAUUCAAACAUGGAGAAUGAUUAGAAUUUCUUAAAUAUGACUGAAGGUUUCCAGAAAGCAGCCACUACCAUCAAGAGACAAAGUUCUUAGGCCACUAAUGGAUUUAAUAAGACUCAGAGUAACACUGACAGUCAGCAAGAGUUAGUGAAAAUUCCUGUAGCUGGUUACACAGGUCAUAGAACUGGCUACAAAGCGCAGAACUUUUACGGUAAAAACUUCAGAGACUGUACUAUCCAGAGCAAAUACAUUAGCAGACUUUCCAAGGAUGUGCAGCAGGAGACAUACAAGAUGCACAUCCGCAUUGUUUCAGUAAGCUACUUAACUCCUGAGGACCUCUAUGGGAUAUACAUUAAAAUCAAGAGAGGCAAGAAGAGAAUCAUUGGAUAGAAUAGAUAUGCCAUUUACAAGGAUUCAAAGAAUGUGGAGAUUAGUGAGAUAUUUGAGCAGACUUCAGUCUUUUACAAAAACUAGCACACUUAGAAGUAUUAACCUAAGAUGGUAUAUUUCUCGAAGAAGGAUAAAGUCUUGGGAAGGGUGAGAUUUGAUGCAAGCUCAUUUGUAGGCAAGAAAAAUCUUAUAAGUGAGCUCAGCUUUGUGAGCAAUACCAGUAAAGAUGCCAGAAUCACUUUAGAAACGAGUGUACUUUAGGAGAUGAAGCAAGACUUGGAUGUGAAGGAUCAAUUAUACUAGGAUUUAUUCUUUAAUGACUCCUCUUCUAAUUCUGAAGAUGAGCAUUCGAGAGGAACAGCUCCAAUGACUAGACAGAAAACAUACAGUGAGACAAUUCAAUAAAUUAAAGCUAAGAAGUUAUAUUCGAGUGAAGAUGUCUAGUUGAUGACACUGCAGAAUGAAGAUAUGAAAAAGGUGCAGAUCAUUUUAGAAGACUAAGUUGAGAGACUUAAUAGCAGGAAGAAUGAUAUGGAGAAUCAGUUUGAACAGUACAUGGAAUCUAAGCAGCUGUAUUAAACUAAGAUAGAGAAUCAAAUGGAGAGAUUACAAAGGAAUGAAUUCUCAGAGAAGGAUUGUGAAGUUAGUGAUAGCUAGUUAGCUGAAAUGCGUAGAAGACUUUAAAUUUUGGAGUUAAUAGAAGAGAUGAGGAAGCAAGAAGAACUAGAAGAGAUAGAGAGGUAGGAAAUCAAUAGAUAACUGCACCAAGUUAAGCAAAAACUAGAACUAGAGGAGACUGAGAAUGAAAAACUCAAAAUAAAGUUGAAAGCAUCAAGCCAAUGA